AAAAAGUGUAUGUGUCAAAAUAUAGAAAAAUGUUAGCGGCCGCGCUGAUAAGCUCGUGCAAAUUUGUAAAAUUUGUAUUUGUGAUUUUAACUUUUAUUAAUAUAAGUAAUGCACAAGUUAAUUUAAAUCAUCCUGGUGGAGUGCACCGAAGGUUUGAGUACAAGUAUUCGUUUAAACCACCUUAUCUGGCUCAAAAAGAUGGCACAGUACCGUUUUGGGAAUACGGUGGAAAUGCGAUUGCGUCUGCGGAAAGCGUGAGAGUAGCACCUUCGCUGCGUUCACAAAAAGGUGCAAUAUGGACGAAAGCGCCGACAAAUUUUGACUGGUGGGAAGUAGAGAUAGUCUUCCGGAUCACAGGACGUGGCCGUAUUGGUGCUGAUGGUCUGGCGUUUUGGUAUACAACACAAAAGGGAGAUUAUAAUGGAGAAGUUUAUGGUUCAUCCGAUCGUUGGAACGGUCUUGGUGUUUUCUUUGAUUCCUUCGAUAAUGAUAAUAAGCAUAACAAUCCAUAUAUAAGUGCGGUGCUUAACGAUGGUACUAAGCAGUUUGAUCAUCAAAAUGAUGGUACCACACAGCUUCUAUCUGGUUGUCUACGAGAUUUCCGAAAUAAACCAUUUCCAACGCGUGCACGUAUUGAGUAUUACAACAACGUAUUGACUGUUCUCUUCCAUAACGGUAUGACAAACAAUAAUGAAGAUUAUGAAUUGUGUCUGCGUUCUGAUGGCGUUCAGUUACCUAAAAAUGGUUAUUUCGGGUUAUCAGCUGCAACUGGUGGUUUAGCUGAUGAUCAUGAUGUCUUCCAUUUUUUGACAACUUCGCUACAUCCGCCAGGACAAAUACCAGCAGAUCCAUCAAAAGUAGCAGAUAAUUCAGAAAAAUUAACUCAGGAAUAUAAAGAAUAUCAAGAAAAAUUAGAGAAACAAAAACAACAAUAUAAAAAGGAGCACCCCAAUGAGGUAAAAGACGAUGAAGAGUGGGAAGAAUUUUACGAGUCUGAAAAUCAACGAGAAUUGCGUCAAAUUUGGCAAGGACAAAGUCAAAUAUUCGAACACUUGCGUGAACUUUCAAGAAAGGUCGAUGAAGUGAUUGGCCGUCAAGAAAAUACGUUGUCUUUAGUUUCGCGGGGGAUAUCAGCUGCGGCAGGUGCUGCUGCACCGGCUGGAGGUGGACAACAGCAACCUAUUGCUGUUGGAGUUGGAGGCACUAUUACGCGACCUGAAGUUGAUAUAUUAAUAUCAAAUCAAAACUCACUUUUAGCUACAAUACGAGAAAUACGAAACUUAGUAGGUGAUAUACAAGGUCGUACUGAUACUAUUAUACAGGCUCAACAACGUGCACCUACAGCACAAAUUCAAACAGCUGGAUACGACAUACAAUCAAUUAUUGCUGAGAUGCGAGAUGGAAUGAAUCAAGUUAAACAAGGAGUUGCUCAAUUUGGACAAAAAGUUGGAUCACCUAAUACAAAUGCUCAAAUUUCCUGUCCCACAGGAAAUUGUGUUGGAGUGACAUUGUUCCUAAGUGUAACCGUUGUGCAACUACUCUUAGUACUUUUGUACAAUGUGUUCAAAAGUCGAAGUGAAGCCCAAGCUAAAAAAUUCUAUUAGGUCAAAACUACUACACAACUAAAAAAGCAUAUAGUGGAUAAAACUUGUAAGAACAAAUGUAGUCUGUUCAUGGUUUAUAUUUGCGAAAACAUUUUUGUUAUGGUGUGGAUAAAGCAGCCAAGUACAGCAUCAAUGAACAAUAAUUAAGUUAAAUUAUUUAUUAAUUAAAAACAAAAAAAAAACACUACAUAUAUAAACAUUCUACAUCAGCAUUUUAAGGAGCGUUCUAGUACCAAUUCUUUCGGUGCUAACCACAAAAAUGCAAUAGCACAUAUAUGCGAUUAGUAACUUUUGAUUUCAUAUAAGAAAAAAUUAGGUUUUUUAAUUUGUAGGUUUGUUUACUUAAUUUGUUUUCUUCUAUUGUUUUUUUUAUACACUUUAUAUUUAGUUUUUUAUAUUUGCGCUAGAUAAAAAAUUUUGAAAUGAAUUUGUUAUAGACAAAUUAUAGCAGUAGGUGGCUAUAUUGACUGCAUUUUUUAUA